GGCAGGCGCGGAGAGUGAGCCGUGAAGUGCAUCAUGUGAACCACCCGCAUCAACACAGACGCAGUCAGACGCUUUGUGAAAGUGACUGAAACACUUGGUGCUGUAUUUGCGAAGAGGACGUCCGAUUUGUAUCCUUCCUUUAAAUGAGACAUAGAUGUCUUUCCUUUUAGAAACGCCGCGUAAAACCGAAAUAGCAGUUAUUGCACUUCUUCUGCAGCGCUGUCCCCAUGUUGAAGCUGUUCGUCCUGAAUGCGACCCAAACUACAUUUUGCUCCAAGAUGAAGUGUCCUGUUUGGAGCUGCUCAACAAGACUUCCAUCAGCCAAGGACAACAACAAGAAUGCAGGGGAUGGUGGGACCAUGUUAACUGUUGGCCCCAUGCUGCAGUUGGAGAUGUUGUGUCUCAGCCAUGUCCUGGAUUUCUACACACCACUGGGCAAGUUUUCAGGAACUGCACAGAGCUUGGUUGGACCGAUCCCUACCCUCCACAUGAUAUAGCAUGCGAGUAUGGCUUUAAUGAAAGCCUUCCUCUAGAAGUGCACAGCUCCCAGAGGUACUUCCUGUUUGUGAGAAUCAUGUACUCUGUGGGUUACAGUGUUUCCCUUGUCUUCCUCAUCAUGGCUGUUGCUAUUCUCUCCCUUCUGAGGAGGCUCCACUGCACACGCAACUUUAUCCAUGUCCAGCUCUUCCUGUCCUUCAUCUUCCGAGCCGUACUCAUCUUUAUUAGGGAUGCAGUUCUGUUCUCAAAUGAAGACAGUUUUCACUGUCAUAUCUAUACGGUCAGUUGUAAAUUUGCCACUGUGCUGUCUAACUACUGCAUCAUGGCCAACUACAGCUGGCUGCUGGCUGAGGGCUACUACCUGUACAAACUUGUCAGCGCCUCGUUGUUCUCUCAGAGGAAACACUUGUCGUGGUACAUCAUCCUUGGCUGGGGUUCUCCAGUGAUUAUUAUGAGUGGCUGGAGUUUUGCUAAAUACCUCCAUGAAGAUGAAGGUUGCUGGGAGAUGAGAAGGAGUGAAUGGAUCUGGUGGAUUCUCAGACUUCCUGUUCUACUCUUCAUUGUAGUGAACUUGUUGUUCUUCCUGUGUAUCCUAAAAAUACUGGUGGCCAAGCUAAGGACACAAGACAUGCCCGGCAAUGAAUUCAGUCACUAUAGGAAACUUGCCAAGUCAUCCUUCCUCCUGGUGUCGCUCUUUGGCUUACACUACAUUCUCUUUGCUUUCCUUCCACACAAAGUCCGUGGCAGGACCUACGAAAUCUGGAACUUUAUUGAGCUGGCUUUUGCUUCUACUCAGGGAUUUGUCGUAGCGCUCUUGUACUGUUUCCUGAAUGGGGAGGUGCAGAACGAGAUCCAGAGGAGGUGGCGGAGGUGGAAGAUGAAGCACCAUGUGCAGUUGGAGCACAGGAGAAAGUGCGGCAGCAUGAGCCAGAGCGGCGGUGGCCCCACCAACAUCACUCUUCUAUUUAAAUCAGCCUCCACGCCUGAGUCUGCUCUGGUGUAGCAUGAUACUAGGCUCCUCAGAGAGAGAAAUGCAAGAUGAUGUCUUCUCCAAUAUAGACCAAAUGUGUCCAAAGAAGGCAGAGCAACAAAACUAAGUACACUUUUCCAAAUGUAUCUGAAAUUCAAUUUCAGAUGAUAUAUAUAUAUAUAUAUACAAACAAGCCUCAUACACUCACAUGUUAAAAAAUCCAGGUAAAUGCCACUGAAAGGGAUGUUUGCAUCACGAUACAACAAAUGUAGUACUAUACAUAUAUAGUUUCCCCAUUCAUAACAACUGUACAGUGUGUAAAUUGUGAAACAUCAUUAUUUGAAUAUUGAUAAGUAUCAAAAUAAUUUUCUUCAGUGUCAGCCAGUUUCUGUUGGCUCGCUCUCACCUCUGCUAAAGCAAGACACUGAGUGGACCUCUCCUGUUUGCUGUUUGAAAAUUUUAAUUGAAUUAUCUGAUGAAUGAUAAUGCUGCUGUGCGGUGUGAAUAUGAAGUAGGUUCUGUGGUUUUAGGAAGUAGAAUUCUAGUAUUUUAUAAGGUUCUUUCUUAGCACUAGUUAUGUAUAAUAUGUUGCAAAAUUCAAGAUCUUGUUAAUGUCAUGUCAGAAUUUGCAAAAUAAAAUGUGAGAAUGUGUAAAACAUGUUGAAAAAAUUAAAUGUUAACUUGUAAAAGUGUUACAUUUACAGAAUUACAGAAAAAACAUUUUGCAAAGGUGUUGACUGAUAUGUGCACAAAUAUACUGAAAGCUGCAAAGUUCUAAUUUUACUGAAUUUUUUGCAACUUUAAACCUUAGCUCUAUGAUUACAACCUUUCAGUUCAGUGAAUACAACCAUUCAACAUCUCCAGCUUGCACAGUCUGCAGCAGUGUUUAGCUUCUAGGAUGAAAUUUGGCACCCCCAGUCUGAGAUGGAAAAAGGUAGAGUGCACUCGCCAAGUUGGAAAUUACCUAGUUAUUUUCAAAUAUCUAAGUAUCUUAAGUAUCUUGGGAUUCAAUGCCAUUUUAUUUAUAUAGCGCAAAGCACAACAACAGCUGAUUAAGGCGCUUUAUAUUGUAAGGUAAAGACCCCACAAUAUCACAAAGAAAACAGAGAAACCCCCAACAACCUAUGACCAAUUGCUUUGGUGACAGUGGGAAGGAAAACUCCCCUUUAACUGGAAGAAACGUCUAGCAGAACCAGACUCAGGGAGGGGCGGGGCCAUCUAACAAAUUGAUAUUAUUCACAAGUGAAGGGAGAGUGGAGCAGGACAGAUGAAGUGAUGUGUCCGAGUCUGUGGUGGUGAACAGAGAGUUAAUCAUUGAAGUAAAUCUACAUUCCUACCCUCACAUAUGGCCACAAGCAGUAGGUAGUAAAAUGUUCCAGCCAUGUCCUACUGGAAGCAGACCCAUGACAUUACAACUUGAUAUGAGAUUACAACUCUUGGAUGGCUUGGGAACUCACUGAGAAAGUAAAGUUUGGGUAUCUCUGCUUAGACAGCUACCCUUGCAGCUAUGCAGCCCAUUUAAUUAAAAACUUAAAGUCUUAUAACCAUUUCACUAUGAAAUAACGACUUAUUUCAUAGAGUAAACUUCAUGUGCUUUAUCUAUAACGGCUCUCCUCUCGGAUAUGAGAUUGCGGAUACAAGCGGCGGGAAUGGGCUUCCUCUGAAGGGUGGCUGGC